UAAAAUGUCCUCUCUUGUUCACUGAACGAACCCUAAGGGAGGCACAGCGUGUUGAAGUCGGUAAGAUCGAAAAUGGUUUCCGGAUCGGGUGUUUGCGCCAAAAGGGUGGUGAUCGACGCCCGCCACCACAUGCUCGGCCGUUUAGCUUCUAUUGUCGCAAAGGAGCUUCUCAAUGGCCAGAAGGUCGUUCUCGUUAGGUGUGAAGAAAUUUGCAUCUCCGGUGGACUUGUGAGACAGAAGAUGAAAUACAUGAGAUUUCUUCGUAAGCGUAUGAACACUAAACCUUCUCAUGGUCCUAUUCAUUUCCGUGCUCCUUCCAAGAUCUUUUGGCGCACUGUUCGUGGAAUGAUUCCACACAAGACAAAGCGUGGUGAGGCUGCUCUUGCUCGGUUGAAGGUUUAUGAGGGUAUUCCUCCUCCUUAUGACAAGAUUAAGAGGAUGGUUGUUCCCGAUGCACUUAAGGUUUUGAGACUUCAAAAGGGACACAAGUACUGCUUGCUUGGACAGUUGUCAUCAGAGGUUGGAUGGAACUACUAUGACACCAUCAAGGAGUUGGAGAAGAAGAGGAAGGAAAGGUCUCAAUUGGCUUAUGAGAGAAAGAAGCAGCUCAGUAAAUUGAGGGCAAAGGCAGAGAAGAUUGUUGACGAGAAGCUUGCUCCCCAACUUGAAGUCCUUGCUCCUGUUAAGUACUGAGUAGUAUUUGUUAGUGAAAGUUUUGUUUUAAAACCAUAUUUAAUGAAACUCCAUUUCAGUUUUGCUUGUUAUUUGGAAUCUAGAAAUGACAAUAUUGGAAGCUGUUUUGUUCCCUCAUUACAAUUUUUAUGUUAUUCCAACUUACUUUAUAAUAGUAUUGCCCAUUUGGUGUGAACUUCAAUUAUGUGGAUUUGUUUGUGGUAA